GCCUGACCGAUCGGUCGAUAUUGAUCUAGUUGCGUAUUAUUUGUACAAGCAGCAACAUCGUGCGAUAGAGUUCAAGUUUAAUAAAUAAAAAAUAAAAUAAUUAAAAAUGCUGUUGUUAAAAUUUUAUACAAACAGGCUGCCUUUGGUAUUAAUAAUUUGCGAAUAGAUGCCCGCAUAACAACACACCCGAUUUUGGGUAGCCCCUGGCUAAUGGUUGCCACAAUUCUGUUGUACAACUUUUCAAUACUGAAAGUGGGACCCCGAUUCAUGAAGAACAGAAAACCGUACAAAGUUGAAGUCUAUAUGAAGAUUUACAAUAUUGUUCAGAUUCUCAUCAACGCAAUGGUAUUUUAUGAAUUUUUACGCUAUGCCGUUUUUGCGCCGGACUAUAGCUUAAAAUGUGAAGCAUACGAUCCGAACGAUAGAAGAGAGAGAACAAUGAAAUUGGUUCGACCGGUAGUACUGUAUUAUAUUUCGAAAAACUUGGAUAUCCUGGAUACCGUAUUCUUCCUUUUACGCAAGAAGUACAAUCAAAUUAGUUUCCUGCAUCUGUAUCAUCAUUCUAUAAUGAUUUUCGGUACAUACAUGUAUUUAUCACAGAUGUUUGCUUCGCAUGUAACAUCGACCGGCAUUUUGAAUUCGUUCAUUCACGUUGUCAUGUACACAUAUUAUUUGAUUGCUGCCACAAAACCGAAAAUCGAUCUAACUCCAUGGAAGAAGAUACUGACCAGUAUGCAGUUAAUUCAAUUUGUUUUGCUGGGAAUCCACUUCUCCUUGCCACUGAUGUUCUUUACCUGCCGCGUUACCGUCUUCUGGACAUGGGUUGCCUUCCUACAGAAUCUAUUCAUGAUUGCAAUGUUUUCGCAUUUCUACUAUCGCACUUACAUCCGUAAACCGCGAAAAGUCCAAUGAGCAAUACUCGAAGUACUAUCAGCUUAAAUUCCACAUUGGUUCAGUUUCAAACUAAAUAUAAAUUUAUAAAUAGGACUAAAAUGUUAUUGUCGUUUAAGAGUUAAUUUUUCGUAUUUUUCUAAUCUCUAAAGAAAUUAAAAUGUUAAUGUCAAUUGAAAACUACGCAUCAGAAAUGUAGUUGAAAAGAAAGAAAUUGAAAAUAAAUUUUCAAACCAAGCCUAAUUUUAUUAUUAUAUCAUUAUCAAAAAUAUAAUAUAAACAUUUUUAGCGAUGA